AUGGCCGACUUUCGGAACGACUCUCCCAUGAAGGUCGAUGAAACUUCAUCAAACUGUUAUACAGUAACGCUGCAAUUGCCUCCAUUUGACCCUUCCACCUUUGAUCCGGAAGAUGUCCCCGAAAAUUUACGUAAAGAGUGGGACCGUGAACCAGAUCUGUAUGUUCGAGAUGGCACACAACUUGACCCAAAGGAUGCGACCUCGGCAAAGCAAAUUUAUAGACGAUUGAACGGUCACUCAGUGUCACCGGCUGUAUUUGCCUUGGGAAAGAAUCCAUAUCCUGGAUUGAGGGUUCGUGCUUACAUUCCAUUGUUAGGAGAGAUGACUCCCGAGUAUGAUGAUACUUUGCCUUGGAUGGGAGAUAAUGCCUUCCUGCAUUUCAUAACACCGGACGAACUCAUGGCAUUGGGCUGUGUCAACUCGGAAACAUCGGAUGGCCUGCCUGUCUCGCCUCAAUUCAAAGUCGAUACACAGACAGCCUUGACAGCAAAUACGAAUAGACAUGCCAAGGCAAAGGUCAUCGGCAAUAACGAUGGCAUUCAUCCAUGCUUCCAAAGAACCAACUUUUUGGAGACAGACGAUCGAGAUUACGAAUGUCUAAAGCCUACCUUACGGAUAGUAACAAAGGUGAUGGAGAUGGAAAGUGUCAUGGAUCUUUGGCUCGAAACAAAAUGGGAAGCGACGCAAUUACGCGAUUUCAUCAAAUUCCGGUGGGCUCCUCUCUCGCAUGAGCGUACGUAUGCGAUUACACAUUCGAUUGAGGAUAAGACGGGAUUCAGAGGAACCCCUGAAAGUCACCCUUGCACCAUUGAACUCGAGUCUAGAUACCGAUACAUACUUACAGGAGGGACGGCAUACGAUCCAACAAAAUACAACCCAGCAGCCUCAAGCGAGGAUGCUCAUCUGCGUUUGCAAUUUCACUUAGCACUCGUCAUCCUGCAUGAGAUGAGCCACGCUUGGUUCUUCAACGUGCGAAGCGAGUUCGUUACUCCAUUCGUGAACGAUCACAGGAUAGCAGAAGAAGGAUUUGAAGGCGAAGCUACUAUAAGCAAAGGUAACAUAAUAACGCCUUUGGAAGUCAACGUGCAACUACCCACUCUACCAUUCGGUAUGGCUGCACGUGCAUGGCCCGGAGCACAUCAUUCCGAUGAAUGGUGGAUCAAAGCAAGCGCGGCAAAGUAUGGCAUCCCCUUCGACACCAGAUACGCAGUACCUAUGAAAUUCAUAAAGCAAUUUUUCAACGACGAUUUCUGGAAUCAUCGCGUGGAAAGAUUUGGCCAAGGAGCUCUAAACAAUUUCAAAUCAGUCGGUCUACGCCACAGAAUAAGCAAAACAAAGUUCUUCCCACCAGAAAGUCCGAGGGUCAAGAGGAAGCGUGAUCAAGCCACUGGAAUUGAUGUGGACGAUCCCGAAAUUGAACCUGAUGCUGCAUUUCCUCAGGUCACGAUAGGAAUCAUUUACGCGGAUGGAGCUUUGUCAGCUCUGGGCAAAGAAAUACCUACAAUACCCAGGCCAGCGAAAAUGGCUAGGAUUGAAGAAGAAGAUACCAUUGAAGUAGAGGCGCAAGAAGAUAGAACGGCGGAAGACGAUAUAGAAGAUUCGGGAUAUGGAGAAGGACUAUUUACAGGGGAAGAUCCAGCAGAAGAUAAGGACGAAGAAGGAGAUACAGAUAUGGGGGACGGAAGCGACGACUAUGAAGAUGAGGAGGAAGAAGAUGCCGAUGAGGAGCUAGAGUCUUCGCCAGCACAGGAUAAGUUGCCUCUGCCUGAUGGCCCCUUCCUCGUCUCUUGGAGUUUCACCAUAUCACCACAUCUUGAAUUGACAUAA